GAGAAUUCUAGAGCAUUCUCCACUAUUCUCAAUUUCUCAUUUCACCUGAGCCUUCAAAGAUGUGUAUAUAUACACCCCUUUUGAGUCCUUGUUGGAGUCAAGUAUUUGGGUGUUCUGUUCUUUUCAUACUGUUCUUGAAAAAAAGUUGAAAUUGAAAAGGAUGUUUGGAAGAGGAGGGAAAAAAAAGAGUGAUAACACAAAGUUUUAUGAAAUCUUGGGUGUUUCCAAGAAUGCUUCAGAAGAUGAAAUCAAGAAAGCUUAUAGAAAAGCUGCUAUGAAGAAUCAUCCUGAUAAGGGUGGUGAUCCUGAAAAGUUUAAGGAGCUAGCUCAAGCUUAUGAGGUCUUGAGUGACUCACAGAAGCGUGAGAUUUAUGAUCAGUAUGGAGAAGAAGCACUGAAAGAAGGAAUGGGUGGUGGUGGUGGUACACAUGAUCCCUUUGACCUCUUUAAUUCUUUCUUUAGUGGAAGUCCUUUUGGAGGUGGUGGUCGUAGAGGACAAAGAGAGAGGAGGGGUGACGAUGUAGUGCAUCCAUUGAAGGUGUCGCUUGAGGAUCUAUACAAUGGGAUGACCAAGAAACUCUCGCUUUCGCGCAAUGUUAUUUGCUCGAAGUGUAGUGGCAAGGGGUCGAAGUCUGGUGAAUCAAUGAAGUGUUCUGGCUGUGAAGGUACUGGUAUGAAGGUUUCAAUCAGACAACUUGGCCCUGGAAUGAUCCAGCAGAUGCAGCAUCCUUGUAAUAAAUGCAAGGGUACUGGAGAGACAAUUGACGAUAAGGAUCGUUGUCCUCAAUGCAAAGGUAAAAAAGUGGUAUCAGAGAAGAAAGUCAUUGAAGUCCAUGUUGAAAAAGGAAUGCAAAAUGGACAGAAAAUUACAUUCCCUGGCGAGGCUGAUGAAGCGCCUGAUACAGUUACUGGAGAUGUGGUUUUCGUUCUCCAACAGAAAGAUCACCCGAAGUUCAAGAGGAAGGGUGAAGACCUGUUUGUUGAUCACACAUUGACCUUAACUGAGGCACUGUGUGGUUUCCAGUUCAUAUUGGGACACUUGGAUGGCAGACGGCUCCUCAUAAAGUCAAAUCCUGGAGAAGUUGUUAAACCUGAUCAAUUCAAGGCUAUCAAUGAUGAAGGAAUGCCAGUUUACCAGAGGCCAUUCAUGAAGGGUAAACUGUACAUUCAUUUCAUCGUGGAAUUCCCGGAUUCGUUGAGCCUGCCACAGGUGCAGCUUCUGGAGGCAAUGUUACCAUCAAGACCUACAUCACAGUACUCUGACAUGGAACUGGAUGAAUGUGAGGAGACCACAUUGCAUGAUGUGAAUAUGGAGGAAGAAAUGAGAAGGAAACAAGCUGCACAACAAGAAGCAUAUGAUGAGGAUGAAGAGAUGUCUGGUGGUGGAGGACAGAGAGUACAGUGUGCUCAACAGUAGAUGUAGCAAGAUUUACCAGUUUGAACUUUGCUUCUAGUUUAGUUUGGUUUACUGUUUUCUGUUGUUUUGGAAAUGACAUGUUUUGGGAAGUCAAAAAACUGAUGCUUUAGUGAAAUAGAAAUAUAAUUUUCUUGGGGAACAA